AGCGUCCGUCGCACAAGUCGGUGCGAAAGGGGGUUGUCCAACCCAUUAAUCUUACUCCAUCUCCAGAUCCAAUCGCUAUGGCGGAGGUGGAGUCCGGUGCAGGAAGGCCAAGACGCAGUCGGCGCGGUCGAUGUGUCCACCAGCAGGGCUGAGAAAUGAGCUUUCCCUCGAGGAUUAUUUCUUCUGCCUGGAUUGCUCCUUUCUCCUUUAUAACCGCUGAUUCCCUCUAUCCGGUUUUUCCUGCUCCGCAAGUGCUGCCUUCCCGCCCAUCCACCCUCUUUUCGCCAUGUCCUACCAACAACCGCCUCAGGGCUACUAAUCGUCUGAAGCUAUCCGCCCCCCGGUGGCCAAUACGCGCCUCCCCCUCAACCAUAUCCCAUGCAACAAAUGCCUCCUCCCCAGGAGCCCCCUCAGAAGGAAAGGGGAUGUCUUAUGAGCUGUUUAAUGAUGGCCUGCUGCUGUUUCCUCUGCGAAGAGGCCUGCACGGGUUGCCUCGAAUGCCUAUGCUGCUGUUGCGACGACUAAGUAUCACGCACGGCCCGGCGGACGUAUACAGAAACGACAAGCGAGAGCCGACCCUUUAUCGGACAUUACUAUGAUAUACUGGACAUUUGAGUUAUGGUUUGGGUGGGACUCGACGUGGUUGAAAGAAGGAUGUAUGGUUCCUCGUUGAUAUAUCUCCUUUGGAUGGCACGGAUAGCGUUGGUUUCUUCUAUUUCAUGUU